ACUGUCAUUUACCGUUGGCUGCUUCGUGUGAAAAGAAAAACUUCUAGAAAAGAGUGCAUGCGUUUUUAUAAUAAGAAUUGUCGAUUUCUUUCUGUGUUUACUGUGUAUACUGUUCAAUAUAUCAAGUAUCAACGCAAAUCAGCAGAACGAUGAGCAACUCGAGUGAGGCACCCAAACCCAAACCAACAGCUGCACCCGCGUGUGGCACUGAUCCCGAUGCCAUUGCCACUCGCCUGGGCACGCUCUACGAUAAUCUGGAUGCUCCCAGCCCAAGGGACGUGAAGACAAUCAUGUCCCAGCCAAGUAGUAUCCAAUGGCAGUAUCCUAAUGAGACCGGUGGCGACCGUGGCCUUGAUGCAAACAACAACAUUUCCAGCCUGCCCGAGCCAGAGCUCUCGGGGCAGGCUGAAGAACAGGAGCAGGCGAAGAUCAAGUAUGAGCUGCCGCAGGAUUAUCAGGGAAAAACAAGCUGCACUUGCCUUCGUCCGCAACGUACCUAUGAAUGUGGUUUUUGUCACCAUUACUUCCAUGGUCGUCUUUGGCAGACUUGCGAGAAGCAUCCAUCGGAGGUGUUCCUAAUGGACUUUCGUGAAUGUCCAUACUGCAUGGCCCAAUUGGAAAUGAUCAAGGAGUCGUCCCUCGCCUGGGAGGACGUUCGUAAAAUCGAAAAUGCUGAACUCCCAUCGGACAGUGAUCUUUAGAUACGAGUUUGAGACUCGUGAAAUGCAUACUCUCACCUCAAAGUACAUAGCAUGCCAUAUGUAGAUCAAAACAUAACAUAGAUCCUAAGAAACAACUACUAAUAAUGUUCAAAAUUUUACAGUCCUAAGCUUAAAAUACUUUGCCAGGCACCACAGUGUAUUUUAAGCUUAGGACAUUCAGUUCAAACCCGACAUUUAUGGAAAGCUCACAUCAUAAGCUGCCAGAAAGAAACUGCGGCACGGGCAUGUCCCACAUAAACCCUUAUGGCUUCUGCUAGCCGAUAGUGCGGCGAAAUGACUCGACGUUAAGUGUGUGGCAUUCAAGAAAAGGACUUGCUCAUACAUAUACAGGCAAACGGUUAGGGCUUUUGUUAAAGAAUUAAUGACUUUUACAUUCCAAUAAAACCAUAAGCU